UUGCCAAUUCACCAGGGGAGUUUACAUCCUUUCUAUAAUUUAGUUUGUUUUCACAGCUACCCAGAAGCUAUUUGUACAGGUUUUCUAAAAUCUUCCCACUUCAGAGAGGUGAUGGUAAAAUACCUGAUCUAAACUACAUCAGGGAUGUACAGAGGUGGGUAACCCUACCAUCUGAUGUAACACUCUCCUGUCUCCUUCAUUUCUUCUGUCUGGCUCCUAAUCUCUUUUGUCCCAGGAAAGAAUAUAGUUGCCAUAAAGAUGGAGCGUGCUGCUAAGGCUGUUGUAUGACUGCCAUUUUAGAUCGCUAGGUACCUAACACACCUUUCAUUUGCUUUCACGAUCUUUAUGCACUGCUGCAAUAAAUCUAUCAAAAAUUACCGUCCGAAGCUGCAGGACCGAGCUCAGGUCAUGUUACGAAGAAAACCUUUUUACUUCUAGACAGAUCUCACCGGGGAAGAGGGGACGGGCAGCAGCAUCCCUCACCGGAGCCCCCGGCCGGCGGCAGCGCCGCUGCUGCCGUUCCCAUGGCAACCGGUUUGUUUGCCGCCGUCACCUGCCUGGGCCGGUUCAUUGCGCCUUUCACGGGAAAUACCGGCUGCUGCUGCGGGAGCGAAGGGGCUCCCGCCGCGGGAAACGGCGGCCGUAGCUCUUGGCCAGGGCUGGAGCUCGGGCGCUGGCUAGGCCGAGCCAGCGUCGGCCAAGAGGUGCACAUUCCGAGAACUAACCUGAGUUAUAUCCAGAAACCUUCCAAAAAACAAUGGCCAGGCUACUGCAAGCUCCACCCAAGUUUCAUCCCUCAGAAUGGGACAUUGCAAACAAGAUGCAGAGUGCCAGCACGGAGUCUCAGAAAUCCAGGUCGGAACGCGUGACAGCUGAGAGCCGGAGGCUGCUGGAUGAGAUAGAAAAGACAACACAGAAAACCCAAAGUGAUGUCAACAAGAAAAUAGAACAGAGACAGGAAGAAAUAAAAUUCUGGAAGCAAGAAUUAGAUAACAAACUUGAACAAAUUUUUCAUGAGACAGAGGUACUGUUGACUUUCAAGACUAGGCUGGAGAAAUCUUUGGAGAGCUGUAAAGAGCCACUCGACAUUGCCCAAAAGUGUCUCCUAUACAGGCAGAGGCGAGCUGGGAUUGACUUGGUACAUGACAACGUAGAACAGGAACUGCUGAAGGAAGCUGAAGUCCUCCAGGGGGUUAUUGCUUUGCUUGAGCGUACACUGGAACAAACCAAUGAACAAAUCAGACUAAACCGUUCAGCAAAAUACAGCCUGGAAAUGGACCUGAAGGACAAGUUCACAGCUUUGAUGAUUGAUAAUUACUGUGCUAGCUUGACAAACAACACUCCUGAUAUCAGAUACACUGAUCAUACAGUGAAAAUAGAAGGAACUUUUGUUAGCCCUGAAGACUGGAUAGAUUUCUCAAACAUAAAUGUCGAAAAGGCUGAAAAGCAGAGAAACAAUUCUUUGGUGCUGAGGACGCUGAUUGAUGGCAUUCUGUCACAGACGGCGAGUGACAUGCGCCGGCAGCGUGAGGCAGUGAAUGUGGCCUUUAGGAACAGGGUGAAGGAAGUCAGGGAUGCUAAGCACCAGCUGGAGAGGCUCCUCGCGAUGGUGAUGGAUGAGACUGCCUCACAAGAGAAGAACAUUGCAGCCUUAAAGAAAUCAAUUGCUGAUAAAGAAGGACCUGUUAAAGUGGCUCAAACUCGCUUAGAAGCAAGAAACCAUCGGCCCAAUGUGGAAUUGUGUUAUGACACAGUGCAAUACAGGCUGACUAGUGAAGUUCAAGAGAUCACAAAAAAUAUUGAGAGGUUAAAGGACACACUGGCACAGGCUGAGUCAGAGCUGAAAGGUCUGAGUCGCCGACAGCUUUCCUUGGAGGAGGAGAUCCGGGUGAAGGAGAAUACAUUGUACAUUGAUGAGGUGCUCUGCAUGCAAAUGAGAGAGUCUGCUCACAUUAACAACUUCUGAAGCCAUAGUACUUGGAGAUCAUGUGUGCUCCAAAGAGCCAGUUCCUGCUGAAAUUUUAUUGACAAACCUCCAGAUUUAUUGGUUUGGCUCAAUGCUGUCCUGGUUCCAGUUGUGCAAGGUAAUUAAAACUGACUUAGUACUUAAAACUGUCUGUUUCACAGCUAUCUAUGCUCUAGAAUGCCUGAUGCUCCCACUUGGCAAUAAAAUUCCAGAAUAAGAAGAAAUGUCCCUUCUUCCAUGUUAUUUAUCUCAUGUACAACCA